AAAAUAAAAUAAAAUUAUGGAUAAAAGAUUUUCAAGUACCAAGAGAUUGAGAUCAAGUUAUCAAGUACCAAAGGUUCUUCAUUAACAUUGGAAAACAUGUAUGAGAGAUUUGUAAACGACUUCUUCCGAGUAGGGAUUUGCAAUUCUCUCUCACAUAUCUUAAUCGGUUGAGUAAUUUUCUACUUCUUUAUUGUAACCAUGUCCGGUUCUAUCCCAAAUCAAGUUAAUUUCUGCCUUACCUUGGCCGAAUUACUGAGUUUACUGUCUUACCUUGCUUCUCACCAUAAUGAUUGGUGUGAAUAUAGCUAUUUUUGUGACCCAUAGUCACUGAUAUUAUUCCUAACUUGCAUCUUUAAAACUUACACAAUAUGAUAUAUGUAAUACUUUAUCAUAAAAAGCCCAGUCUUUCCGUAUGGAACUAUUCAUUCUGGAUUAUACAAUGCAACAUAUUUUGUCAAUUUUCGAAUGCAAAGGGUUCUGAUUCUGAUCUCUCUCAUCAGCUAGCUAAACUGCAACUUAUGGAGGAAAAGAUGAAGAUUUUGGUGCCAAUUUUGCAUCCUUCGCAAGUGACCACUAUUGAUGUUAGCCAGCUGCACCAGGACUCUCACACAAGGUCGGUAUUGGUCAGAAGUAUUCACCGUGCUUGCCAAGAAAUGGGGUUUUUUCAGGUUAUCAAUCAUGGAAUAAGCAAAACAGUCACUGAAAAUGCUCUUGGCUCGUUGUCAAACUUCUUUGAUUUGCCAAUGGAUCAGAAGAAGCUAUUCUCGUCUGAUGAUAUAAGCAAGCCAGUAAGAUUUGUGACUAAUUCGAGGGACUUUAUCAAACUUUAUGCCAACCCUAUUGAAAAUUGGAUUGAUUUAUGGCCUCAUAAUCCCACAGAAUUCAGAGAAAAUUUGGGAAGGUAUGCAGCGGAAGUAAAGAGAUUAAGCAUCGAUAUAAUUGGAGCCAUAGUAGAGAGCUUAGGCCUCGGUCCAACCUACUUGAGGAGCAGCCUGGGGCAAGGAAUGCAAAUGAUAGUAGGCAGCCGAUAUCCUAGGUGCUCCUCAUCUAGCAGUAUACUCGGAACAUCGUCACAUACAGACCACAGUAUCAUCACCAUCAUUCUCGAAAGUACGUCGGGGCUUGAGAUUAUGGAUUUCGCAGACAAUAAUGCUUGGAAGUCUGUUCCGGCAACCGACGCUACCCUUAAGGUUCUAGUAGGGAAUCAUCUCGAAAUACUCAGCAACGGGUUGUACAAGAGUGUUUUCCACAGGGUGGUUCCAAACCCUGAAAGGAAUAGGAUUUCUAUAGGUAGCUUUCUUAGCCUACCCAUGGAAGAGAUAAUGGAGCCUGCCAUGGAGCUCAUUGAUGAGCAGCAUCCCAAAAGUUACAAGGCAAGUAGCUUAGAUGAAUAUAUCAAGUUUCUCUCCUCCAAAGAAGAAAAAUCCUACAUAGAGAGUUUGAAGAUUUGAAUAAAUAACUUGAUCGGACACUUUAGCUAUGUAUUGAUAUUUUCUUUGUUGAUGCAUGCGAUAUUGCGGAGGGAAAACCACGUUAGGUAUAAAGGUGAAUGUUCUUAACCAACUAAAUAUGAGCAAUCGAGUGCCUAUAUGUAUUCAUGUUAAUAAAGAUGGUUUGUGUGGUUCAUCCUUUA